AUGUUUACAGGAAUGAACGGGUCAUCUAUCCCCCCCAUCUCCGAGUAUGGCUUCAACUUCGACAUCGGAGGCGUGGUGAACGCCCUUCAAAGUGUAGGUGGUACCGUCAGAUGGCCUAAGAAGAGCGACAGACCAGAUUCCAUGAAGGACAUGAGCAAGUGGUGCGACUUCCACCGCGACAACGGCCACACAACCGAGGAAUGCAUCUCCCUCAAAAAGGAGGUAGCAUAUCUGUUAAAAAGGGGACAUCUGAAGGAACUGCUGAGCGACAAAGGGAAGGAGACGGGCGAAUCUGAAGCCGUCAAAGAAGGGCAGACCGAAGACGAAAUAGCACUAGAAAAAUCAUUAGCAGCAAUGACAAACACCUUCGACGACUCAGAUUCAACCAACGCACAACAGGAACAUCACGACGGGCUAGUCAUAUCGCUCCAAAUAGGCAACACUCUGAUCAAAAGGAUAUUGAUCGACAACGGCAGUUCAGCAAACGUACUGUUCUUAGAGGCUCUACAGGAAAUGGGACUUGAAGAGAAGAAUGUAAUCAGAAGGUCGACGGUCUUAGUAGGUUUCAGUGGAGAAUCGCUACGGACAGUAGGGGAGAUAUCGCUGCCCACGUACGCAGAAGGUGUUAAUGUGAUGACCAAGUUCAACGUCGUCGACUGCCCAUCAGCAUACAACGUCAUCCUUGGACGACCUUAG